UCCCGCAAGUUGUUUGCGCAGACAUCAGUCAUCCGCGGUCCCAUUGUGCACCCAGGAUUGAUCCGCAGUCCGCACAGCCUGCCUCACGGGCGUGUGCUCCCAGCGCCGCGCCUUCCGUGAGCCCCGCGCUGGCGCAGCCGCCGCCGCCGCCGCCGCCGGCGGGCGCGAUGCCGGGAUGGGCCUGAUCUGGCUUCUGCUGCUUAGCUUGCUGGAACCCGGCUGGCCCGCGACGGGGCCCGGGACGCGGCUGCGGCGCGAUGCGGGCGGCCGCGGCGGAGUCUACGAGCACCUCGGCGGGGCGCCCCGGCGCCGCAAGCUCUACUGCGCCACCAAGUACCACCUCCAGCUGCACCCGAGCGGCCGCGUGAACGGCAGCCUGGAGAACAGCGCCUACAGCAUCCUGGAGAUUACUGCGGUGGAAGUGGGCGUGGUGGCCAUCAAAGGGCUCUUCUCUGGGCGGUACCUGGCCAUGAACAAGAGAGGACGGCUGUACGCUUCGGAGCACUACAAUGCAGAGUGUGAGUUUGUGGAGCGGAUCCAUGAGCUGGGCUACAAUACGUAUGCCUCCCGCCUGUAUGGCACAGGGCCCAGCGGGCUCGGGGCUCGGCGGCAGCCUGGUGCCCAGAGACCUUGGUACGUGUCUGUGAAUGGCAAGGGCCGGCCACGCAGGGGCUUCAAGACCCGCCGCACACAGAAGUCCUCCCUCUUCCUGCCCCGAGUGCUGGGCCACAAGGACCAUGAGAUGGUGAGGCUGCUGCAGAGCAGCCAGUCACAAGCCCCAGGAGAGGGCAGCCAGCCCAGACAACGGCGGCAGCAGCGGCAGAAGAAGCAGAGCCCAGGAGACCAUGGCAAGAUGGAACCCUCCUCUCCUAGGGCCACUCCAGGCACCCAUCUGGAGACAGGUGAAUCAGCUGUGGCCUGAACGGUCUCCCUAAGAACUCUCUGAGGUCAACCCCUCCAGGCACCCAGGAUCCUCGUGGAGGCCUGGCCUCCCCACCUCAUCACUGGGUUGGCUGCUUGGGGGACCAAGAAUUUGCUUGUCUUUGGUGGCUUUCAAAGAGCAAGUGCCAGCAGCUGAGGGACUUGAAUCAAAGCUCCUGGAAGACUCAAAGUUCAAGACGUAUGUGGGAUUACAUGGGAGGGAGCUUUUAUUGCAGGGGUGACCCAAAGCCCUGGUGGAGCCCAGCCAGCGACAGGCAGUCCUGGCAACCUGAGGCAGUGGGCAGUGGAAGGGGCUGUAAUUCAAACAUUAAAUGUGUCGCCCUGUCUUGCUAUUUAACAGCUGGGAUACAGGCUGAGGAUACCUUCAGACUCUGACUGAGACAUUCUGCUGAGGGUGGGGAAGGCAGUGGUCUGUGGGCUUCACUGCAAUGUGUCAGGCAGGCUAUGUACAGAGAAAGGGCUGAGGUGCUGCAUGCAUGCAUGUGCAAGCAUUCAUGAGUUCUUGUGUUUGCAAAUAUCCACAAGUGUGUGUAGAAGAGUGUUGCUGUAUUUCCAAGAGGAUAUGUGUGUGUACGAGGCAUGCAACACACACUGACCCUGGACUUCUGACUUCCCGGCUUCUGUGUAUGGGUGAAAUGUGUUUCCAAGUGUAUAGUCUGUGUGGAUGGAGAGGAGAAAAGAGGUUUGCUCAGUUUUAGGAUCC